GUUGGAGUAGUCGCAUGUUACCCGACGGCGUUUACUCGUAAACUAUCGAUAAAAAGACGUAUUGUGAUGUUAGUAUGUAAAAGUGUUUAUUUAAACGCGUGAUAUUAUUGUGUUAAAUCAUGUCCCUUCCGGGUUCAUUUUUAUUUUCAUACUAUGUGGAGAGCUUUUUGGGUUCUCCACGACCGCUGGUGGAUUGGUCAGGGGUGCCAACCAUCAUCCUGGUGGUCUUGGCACUCGUAAUAGCGGCAACAGCAAUGAUGGUACGUCCAGGGGAUGUCAAGAGGCCCAUUCGACUUCCAGGGCCACCAGCUCUACCGAUUAUUGGGACAAGGUGGCUGUUCUGGAGUCGGUACAAGUUAAAUAAACUGCACGAGGCUUACGAAGAUAUGUUCAGGCGAUACGGGCUGGUGUUCGUGGAGAUGACGCCAGGGGGCGCUCCUAUAGUGUCAAUAGCGGAACGGGGCGCCUUGGAGGCAGUAUUGCGGACACCGUCUAAGCGGCCUUAUCGCCCUCCCACGGAAAUCGUCCAGGUGUACCGCCGCAGCCGUCCCGACAGAUACGCGUCAACCGGACUUGUCAAUGAGCAAGGGGACAAAUGGCAUCACUUACGCCGACAUCUGACAUCGGAUCUGACCAGUCCACAAACCAUACAAAACUUCAUUCCUCAGUUGAACAAUAUUUGUGAUGACUUCCUAAUUCUGUUGAAGAACUGCAGGCGACCUGAUGGCACCGUUCUCGGCUUCGAUCAUCUUACGAAUAGAAUGGGCUUGGAAUCUGUUUGUGGAUUAAUGCUGGGUGCAAGAUUGGGCUUUCUGGAGCGUUGUAUGUCUGGCCGUGCUGCUACUUUGGCGACUGCUGUUAAAGCCCAUUUUAGGGCUCAAAGGGAUUCGUACUAUGGCGCCCCCUUGUGGAAGUUCGCACCCACUACGUUAUAUAAGACAUUUGUGAACAGUGAGGAUACUAUUCAUACGAUAGUAUCAGAUCUAAUGGAGGAAGCAAAAUCGCGAUCCCGCGGCGCGGCGCAAGACGACGGCAUGCAAGAGAUCUUCCUCAAGAUAUUGGCUAACCCUGAACUAGACAUGAGGGACAAAAAAGCCGCAGUCAUCGAUUUUAUCACGGCUGGCAUUGAGACAUUGGCAAACAGUUUAGUAUUCCUCUUAUAUUUAUUAAGUGGCAGACCAGACUGGCAACAAAAAAUUAGAUCAGAGUUGCCAUCUUGCGGAGACCUCCGUAUCGAGCAAUUGUCAUCAGCGCCAUCUAUCAAAGCAGCAACAAACGAAGCAUUUCGCGUCCUGCCCACUGUACCAUUUUUAGCUCGGCUUCUAGAGCAACCAAUGAAUAUUGCUGGCCACAAUUUUCCCGCUGGUACUUUUGUCUUAGCGCACACGGUGACAGCUUGCAAACGUGAAGAAAACUUCUGGCGUGCCGGUGAGUAUCUGCCAGAACGUUGGAUAGACGUUCGAGAACCCCAUGCUGCAUCACUUGUCGCACCGUUUGGUCGUGGCAAGCGCAUGUGUCCGGGAAAGCGAUUUGUUGAAAUGGAGCUGCAUCUUUUGGUUGCCAAGAUAAUACGGCAAUGGCGCGUGGAAUUCGACGGCGAACUGGACGUCCAAUUUGAUUUUCUUUUAUCACCAAAGUCCCCCGUAUCCUUACGAUUAGUCGAAUGGUAGAACAUUCCACCUAACUUUAUGCUUAAGCUUGAACUGAUAGUUUUAAGGAUUCCGAAUACUAAAAUGCUAAUUAAGGAGUUCCUUGUCAUUUGUGUGUUGUUGAAAGGGACAGAACAUGUUGCAUAUUUGAAUAACGUUUGUGUAAGGCUGAUAGAUUAAUAAGUACCUUUUUUAAAAUAGCUCCUUAUCACCAAACUUUGGUAACUUUGGAUCAAACGCGAUAUAAUCGAAUAAAUUUAGUUUUGAUGGGUUGACUUUUUGAUUGGCGACACAGAAUGAAGUUCGCAAUAAGUUUUUGAGAGUAGCGUCUCGUUUGCUUGCAAAGUUUUGGUUCCAUAAUUAACACCAUGAAAUUGCCUAAGUUUGGUAAAGAGCUCUAUUUUUGUAUUACUAUAAUGAUAGGUUGUGUAACCGUUAUGAAAUUUGUAUUUUCUGGUCUGUGUAUUAAGACAUGUUACAUAGUUCUAACAUUCCGAUAUUAAUACUGAACCUGUUUUUUAUGAAUGCUUAUAAUUGUGAAAUUCUGCUCUACCCUAUAAAUAGAUUAAAUAACAGACAGACAGUAUGUUAGCCAAAUAUAAAGGCCUAGUAUGAACUGGCGUGCCAUCAAAGGUUGCCAUGACUAAACUCGAAAUAAUAGCUAAGCAUUAUGAUUAAACUUAUAUUACAGGGUACUGGCACAGUCUGCUCAAAUUGUAUACUUUUUUAUGACUACUCAUAAUUAUAAAAUAGUUUAAGGACACAUAGGAGUGCUAAACUUUAAAGCCACUCUGACUAGCUAACAUAGCUUACUAUUGAAAGCCUGCUAAUUCAGAAAUGUUUUUUUUUAAUUAGAUGCUUAAAGUGAUAUUCAAAAAUUACUAUUAUUGAGUUUAACGCAAAAUUUACACCAAAUAUUUUAAAAUUACCUAAAACUCAAAAGAAAUGGAUUGUUAAGUGUUUCGCCUUUGACGGCAUCAAAGACUUGAAGAUGGUAAAGGAACGAAUCUCUUAUACAUUUCAGUCAUCAUUAAAGAUAACGAGACUAGAAAAAUACCUACAUGACCUCAUACAUAAACGCAUUUCAUAGUGGCUAUGAAGUAUAACAAUACCUGCUUUGAGACAAGAACCAUUCAGCGUUUAUAUGAAAAAUAAUUUGUAGGACGUCAACGAAAGCUUUUUGUCUCAAGGCUCUUCCCUGCAUUUAGUAUAAGUUCAUAACUACACAACGUAGUAAGAUAUGGCUGUGUUAAUAUCAAAAAUCAUAUUUAUAUAGUUAACCAUGAAUACCUCUGUAGUGAAAACUAUCAUAACUGCAAAGUUAUUGCAUUUAUUGUAGGAGUUCUAAUGAUUUUAGAACAAACUAAAAAUCUAGAGUACUCAGAUUACAUUUUUGCAGUUUUUGUUUCCUAUAUUUAAUUAAUGUUGUUGAUUUCUAAAGGAGGAAUUUUCAAUUUCUUUCAGACCAUAUUUUCAUUGUUAAAUUUGCCAUUUAAGACUUUAAUUGUUUUUCAAAAUCAUUUAUUCAUAUAGGUAACACAAU